UUCGGCCUCCCUCUUAGCUUCACCUCGUCCCCUCCCCCCCUAGUCGGAUCGCCCCGGGUAAUCUCCACGCACGCAUUCAGCCAGCCGUACCAGCAAGCCAGCAAUGGAGCACCACCUCGAGGUAACCGACUCCCGCACCGGGAAGUCUUACAAGAUCCCAAUCGAGGGCGAUUACAUCCGCGCCGCCGACGUUGCCCGCAUUGGCAGCGCGGAGAGCCGAGACGUCGCCGCCUCGAAGGCCGCGAGCCCCCUGCGCAUUUUCGACAACGGCUUCCAGCACACGGCGUGCAUGGAGUCCAGCAUCACCCACAUAGACGGUAUGCUUGGCACCAUACGGUAUAGGGACUUUCCCAUCGAGACUCUGUUCCACGAGUACGACUUCGAAGACGUAAUGCACCUCCUCAUCUGGGGGCAGAUCCCCACGCAGAAGCAGAAGGACGACGUCCGCGAGCUGAUGGCCGAGGCCAUGGUCGCGCCCCAGACCGUCAAGGACGUGAUCUCGGCGUUCCCCCGCGACGCCGACACCUUCCCGAUGCUCAUCGCGGGGAUGAGCGCGUUCACGGCGAGCGACGAGGUCAUGUGCAGGGCGCGGCACCAGCAGAGCGCCGUGUUCCACGGGCACCUGGCGGCGGCGGACGCGGCGCUGGUGCGGACGCUGGGGUACCUGGCGGCGACGAUCGCGCUGGUGCACCGGCGCAAGAAGUGGGGGGCGGCGGGCGCGGCGGCGGUGCCGGACGCGCGGCGCUCGCUGGUGGGCAACCUGCUGGGGAUGAUGGGGACGGAGGAGGCGGGGCGGGCGGAGGCGUGCCUGGCGAAGCUGUGGAUCCUGUACGCGGACCACGAGAUGACGAACUCGACGGCGGCGGCGCUGCACGCGGGCUCGACGCUGACGGACCCGGCGUCGGCCGUCGUCGCCGGCGUCGUCUCCGGCUACGGCCCGCUCCACGGCGGCGCCAUCGACCUCGCCUACGACGCCUUCCGCCAGGUCGCCAGGCCCGAGCGCGCCCCCCACUUCGUCGAGCGCGUCAAGGCCGCCCGCGGCCGCCUCUUCGGCUACGGCCACCGCGUCUACCGCACCCGCGACCCCCGCGUCGCCCUCAUCGAGGAGCUCCUCGCCCAGCACCGCGACGCCGUCGAGGCCAACCCCCUGCUCCGCGUCGCCGCCGCCAUCGACGCCUACGCCAGCCGCGACCCCUACUUCGUCGAGCGCGGGCUCAAGGCCAACGCCGACCUCCUCGGCUGCUUUCUCUACACCGCCAUGGGUUUUGACACCGACAUGAUCAUCGCCAUCACCAUCUUGUCGCGGGCCCCGGGCGUCUUGGCGCACUGGCGCGAGAGUCUAACGCAGCCCGUAAAGCUGUGGCGUCCGCAGCAGAAAUACGUCUCGCCGCCGGCAAACUAGGGCCAGGGGCCUCACAUGAUUGCUGGCUUCGCGCAAAAUAAUAAUAAUACCUAGGUAGAUGGUCUAUAACCGACUGAACGUAGUUUGGGGCGUUGGAUAACCCUGUCGUUUUUCGGAACUUUUGUUCUUCGUAUUUUACUCAUUGUACCUAUAUGUUAUAGCUGUCGAUAUUAUCAUACCUGUACAUUAAGCUCCAUCUGUUGGGACGGUAUUUCUGUCCCGUCACUCGCAGCCGCGCCCCCGUGGUUUGCAGAAAGGGGGGGGUGGGUUGGCUCCCCCCCGCGUAGCAGAACCGGGGUAAUAUCUGGGGUCAGACAGGUCGGCUUCGAUGCUACCAGCUAAUCAGUAAUCACUUCGUUCGAUCGGAAAA